UAAGCGAUGAGGCGGCAUCAACAAAACAGCUGAUCACUCACUGCCAGUUGAACAUCCAAAGUUCAAUCCACUGUCUUUUGUUUACAUCACAACCAAUUUGUUAUUAAAUUCGUACAAAAGAAAAUGUCUCGUAAAUUGUUUGGUGAUAUAAUUAGGCGACAAUUGCUGCCGCAAACAUGGCGACAAAUGCACAACAAAAGCAACAGCAAUCCACCAAUAACGCUGACCAAUGCGGAUUAUGAGAUGCUCCUGUCGGAUGAGCAGCGUCAACGUUGCAUGGACAACUUGCGCAAUCUGCCGGCCUACCAAAGGCCCAAGGCGCUAACACACCACAAGCGCGAACAAACCUUGGCGGCUGUGUUAAUAGCUCUCUGCGUGGAACGUGACACUAAUGCUGUAUCAGUGCUAUAUACACGACGAUCCCGACACUUACGCGCCCACAGUCUGCAGAUGUCGUUUCCGGGCGGCAAACGCGAUGAAAGUGAUGCAGAUUUCAUUGACUGUGCGCUGCGUGAAACGGAGGAGGAAAUCGGUUUGCCACGACAACGUGUAGAAAUCUGGGGCGAAACGAAACAGAUACUCCUGCCACGCACCUCGACGAUUGUGCCCGUCGUGGGUGUCGUCCGGGAUUUUCACAUCUCACAGCUAAAGCUCAACCAUGACGAGGUCGAGGAAGCCAUGAGCAUACCGCUGCAAUCGCUGCUCUUGCCCACAGCCACGAGGCACACACAGUUUAAGAGUGGCUACAGCGGUCCCGUUUUUGUCGUCGAUCAGCAUCGCAUCUGGGGCAUCACGGGCUAUCUGACCUAUGUAUUUCUGCGCUGUUUGCUGCCCAAUCACCUCAAGAACGAAGCUCUCAAAACGAACAUUAAAUUCGUUCGACCGUACAAAGUAACGCCGCCCAAAGUGACGCAUCAUCAUCAUCAUCAUCAGGAGGAAGGAAAGCUGGACAAAUAAACCGAGGAUGCCAAGAAUACUCCUCCUCCUCCUCAGCUCAAC